AUGUACCAUCAACUUUGCUCUACGGUGGUGGGCUCUACGGUGAUGGGCGAAAUCGUGAUGGUCAAAAACGUAAUGGGCGCGCGAGUGGUGCGUCCCCUGGUCGUGGUAUCCUUCGGUCGAUUUCUGACACUGUGUAUCAUGCAACUCACGUGCAUUGCCACCAUAUUUCUCGGCGUCAAAGGUUUGGACACGAUGCGCUUACCCCAGUCCGUGACCUUUGUCGACAAGGCCCCGUUCAGACCUCUACUCCCAUAUCCCCACGCUGCAUCAAUGGAUCACGGCGAGCCUCUGCCGUUGACGCCACGUGGACAGACCGGCAUGGUGUUACACCGGAUCCUGUCCCAAGAAGAUGUAUACGCCCAGCCGAUUGACAUCCCUGUGGCGCAAUACCCCCCUGACAUGGCUGUGCGCCACCUGGGACAGCAAGUGCGCCAGGCGGUGGAUGCUCAAGGUGCUCGCAUUAACUCGGUACAGCAAGCUGUGGGCGGCCAGACGCAGCAGACGUACGAGCAGCUGAUGGUCCUCCAUCAGCAGCAACAACUGACCGCACAGCGUGCGACGUCCGAACAUCAUGCCCAAGGACUCCGGGCCGCCGCUGUGGCCUCCGUCCAGCAUUCCGACGCAUUCGAAGAAAUGCCGGCGUACCAGUGCCCGAUGACAUGCUUUCACCGCGACCCCGUGCCCAAAGCUCCUGCGUUCAACGGAAGUACCAAGGUCCAGAAGCGCCGCUUGAUGGACCAAUACGAGUCGUACCGACGCGAGAUUGCUUUGGCCAACGCUCAAAGACCCGGGGGUCAGCAGAUCAUGCAGAUGCCCCUUACAGCAUGUAUGGACCCUUUGUCGGUCGAGCGCAUUGCCUACUGGGAGAUCGGCAAGGCGAGCCAUGAACUUACGGAGGAAGAUUGGAGAAACUGCUUCCUCGGGGCUCGUGAAUGCGACCCAGUGGACAUGACCAAGCUUUGCCAGAACAUGGCGAAGCUCAAGAUGGAUGGCUCUAUCCAGUCAGCCGAGUCUCAAGCUCGUGAGCGACUUUGA